GUGGUUUCGUUUCCUACUCGGAUCACAGUGCACGACAGCAAUAUCCAGGAUAAUUUAACUCGUCUAUGCAAAUUAACUGGUAUAUUUUUUUAUUAUUAUUUCAAUUUUUUGCAACUUAUCUAGAUCGAAAGUACAUCUGAACGGGUAGUCAGAGUUGGCGACGGUCGGCGUUAUAUAACAAGUGUCAUCGUUAGUAAACGUCAGUGGCAAUGCAACGAUGAGCCGGUGUUUACCUUCGUAGAAUCUUGUAGCAAGGCUGCAUACGAUACCACUUAACACAUAAGUAAUACUUGGAAAUAUCGAAGUCCGGCUUGAUCGAAACAAAGUUUUCUUAACGAAUUCCUAUCAUCCACUCCUAUUUGAGGAGGAAGGCCAGUGCAAAUUACGACGUUUUACUUCAAAAGAACACGACGAUAAAUAGACGUCUUUCAAGUAAACGAUAUACUGUUGUGCAUUUUAAUCUGUGACUAAACACUUCCCGUGAAACUGGAACUUUGACGGCCAGAUGAAUCUCUAGAGCCAUAUUUUAUAGAGCAAUAUUUAAACAACUUAAGCACGCAGUUCACAAUGUCUGUGGCCGAAAUUUACCAACCUAAACCAACUUGUUUUAGUAUUGAAUCUCUGGUAUCAAAGGACGUUCCGUCGGAGUCAAGUCACGGCAUAUCGCCGUUUACAUCGCCUGUAGCACCUCGUUUUAAACACUGCCCAACAGAAUCACCUUUUCUCAGUACAUUGCAAUCUAUGAAAGGGUUGUAUUCUGAACCAACGUACUCGGACUCUCAUGGAUUAGCAAUCCCACAGCCAAUUGGACUAAGUCAUCACCACCACCCAGGCCUAAGUCCAACGGCACAAAGUCCUGCUCUACAUAGCAUGUUUCACUCACCAAGGCGGGACCCUUUCAGUUUCUACCCGUGGUUCUUUUCAAGAAGUCGCCUCCUAGGCCAACGGUUUCCUGGAGUGGAAUUACCAAAUGCCGGCUUCGGAUUUCUUCAGCACCCUUUCAGGAAACCAAAGCGAAUACGAACGGCUUUCUCGCCAUCGCAACUGCUUAGGCUGGAACAAGCGUUUGAAAAGAAUCACUAUGUUGUAGGAGCAGAGAGAAAACAACUUGCUGCUACUUUAAAUCUGACAGAAACGCAGGUGAAGGUUUGGUUUCAAAAUCGAAGAACAAAAUAUAAGCGAAUUCGAGCGGAAGAGGAAGGGGAACAAGACAUGAAAAAGAAAGGUUCCCAUCACGUGAGCCGAUGGAGACUGGAGACGCAGCAGGGAGAAAUGGAAGAAGUUGAAGAAGAUGAGGAGGAGGAAGAAGAAGAGGAUGACCACGAAAACAAAGAGUUUCAUCUAGAAUGAUUUAUUUUUUUUGUAAAUAGACUUAUAUAAGCUACUGAUGACGUAAUACCACCUAUCUACGAAUGUUCAAGAUAUUUGAAACAGAGAGCAUAGAAUGUGGUUGUGCUAGAUCGAGCCAGACCGCCAGGUAAAGAGGAAGCUAAAUGGAACAUGCCAUAAAGUACUGUACAUGUUUCUUAGCGGUUGUUCGUUUAAUGGACACACACACGACAACUUGCACUUAGACAGUAAAACAACAAUACCUAAAGGCUGAAAAACCUGAAAAACAGACUUUACGUUUUGGAAGUACAAUACGCCUAUGGUAGCCUAUAACGCAGAGUUUACACAAAACCAGGACUGUAACUUAUAAAUAAUGUUGCUGUAUCCAACGGGAAGUCUUAAGGCAUUGCGGUAAAAAAAAUUAUCUGCCUAUGGUUAGUGUUUGUUGUCAUGGUUUAUGCAAAUUAUUUAAUUUAAAGUGCAAUUGCAAUGUCUAGAGCCUAGAACAAUAUACUGUACAUCGAUUUCUUUUGUUUUCUUGGACACAAUAGUUUUCUCCAAAAUACAUGUUUAAGUGUUAGCUUAGGAAUAUUAAAAUCCUCUGUCGGCAUCACAGUCUUAUUUUAAAAUUAAAGAAUAUAUUGUAUUUCCUUUAUUAUUAUUAUUAUUAUUAUUAUUAUUAUUAUUAUUAUUAUUAUUAUUAUUAUCAUUAUUAUUAAUAACAUUAUUUAAUUAUUAUUAGGACUAUCA